AUGAACCACUUUUUGCAUCUUCGCAGUCGUGUUCUGCAGAGCCUUAUACUUGGCCUCCUUGUACUCACUUUUUACACGUGCUAUCGAACAACCCUUGAUGACUAUCGUCCUGUUACGGUGCCUAUCGAUGUUGGUGAAACGGUUAUCAUAAAGAUAGUCAAUCUACCGAACACCAGCGAUGUAUUGCAACAGAUAUCAAAGAAUACAACGUCAGAUCCACUUUUGACGAAUGCAAUUGGACCCCACAAUGGAUUAUUGUCAACGGGCCCAUCAUCCAUAUCAACCUCACAGGGUCCUCAGUCUUCCGCAAGUACCUCGAUCAACCUUCCCAACAAUGAUCCAACUCUCCAUGUAGUGAAAGCCAUCGUCACCAAGUCGACAAUUCAACAAAAAAAUUCAGCUGGUGCAAUAUAUCAAGAUGGACACGAUGUGACAGCUCAGGAAAAGUGUCCGAACAACGGUGAGGAGAUCUCCCUGGUGAUUAUCGUCAUGUCAGCCCCAUUGCACACGGAAGCUAGAGACGCAAUACGACUAACAUGGGGUCAUUAUGGACAACGUUCUGACGUGAGUAUAUUAUUCAUGCUUGGUACAACAGAAGAUCCCAAGUUGGAGGCUAUCCUUGAGGAAGAGGAGGGUCGGUACCAUGAUGUGAUAAGAGGUAGAUUUGUAGAUACAUAUUCAAAUUUAACGCUCAAAACAAUAUCAACACUGGAGUGGGUUGAUACAUACUGCUCAGAAGCCAAGUUCCUUCUGAAAACAGAUGAUGAUAUGUUCAUCAACAUACCUCUACUCCUAUCGUUCACUCAAUCACACGAAAAGGACAGGAAUAUCAUAUUCGGUAGAUUAGCACGAAAGUGGAAGCCGAUUAGAAAUAAGAAGAGCAAAUACUAUGUCUCUUCAGCGCAAUACAAACCUCCAUUAUAUCCUGAUUUUACGACUGGACCGGCCUAUCUCUUGUCGAGGGAUGUUAUCAAUAAGUUGUACGAAAGUGCACUGAGUCAAACUUAUCUUAAGCUGGAGGAUGUAUUUACAACAGGUAUUGUUGCUGACAAACUCGGAAUAAAACGAGUUCAUGUCAAUGAAUUUUUGAAUAAAAAAAUCACCUACAAUCCUUGCAAUAUACGGAGUAGUAUCAGUAUACAUAUGGUGAAGUACGGCGAACAAUUUGAUCUUUGGAAAAAGUUAAAUGAUCCUCAUACCAAGUGCAAGAAACAGUAGUUAAAUGUAAUUCAUCAUGGAGUUUUUAUACUCCAUGGAUUUGUGGAUUGAUUAUAUUCAGUCCAAGUGAAACAAGUAAUUGUGGUCUCACUCUGUAUCGACAAUUGUCGAAAGAAUUCUUUGUUACAAUCUCUGUUAGUGGUUACACGUUCAAGCACGUGUUUUUGAUAAGUCCACGUCAAUUUGAAAAUCAAAUAAUGCCAUGUGUAUACCAUUAACAACAGAGAUAUUAAUUCGACGGGCAAGUGAUAUCGGUGUACUUGAAAAAGUUAUCAGUCAUUGCGAUAAGAUUUUUUCAGCUAUGGAAUAUCAUCCAAAUGAACACUCUGUCACUGCUGAAGCGGAUAUUUUACUGACCCACAUUUUUUUGUUUCAUUUUUAGACGUGUCGUGAGAAUUUUUUAAACAUCCUUUUAUAAACAAUGGCAUUUAUUUAUUUACACGUGUAGGCUAGGAAUUUUUUGAAGACUAUUUCAAUGUCACGGAGUCACAUUACUUGAUGCAUUUGAUGAGGAACUGAAUUUCGCUUAGUAGUGCCAUAUGUGUAAUUCGAGCAGAUUUCUAUCAGAUAAUUCCAUUCUCAUGGAGUCAAAUAUUCGUGGUAUUUCCUCGAGUGCCAUAUCAAAGAGCAUAAAAAAAAUGGAAAAACAGUGACACCAGUUUUUUACCUAGUUCCUCUGAUGGAAUUGCAGAAUCAAAUGGAUAAUUAAAAUACGUAAUGGAAUUGAAUCAUGAGAGAGUUAAAAAACUAUUGAAAAACCGUUGGGGUAAAAAGUGAAGAGGUAAUGACUGGAUGAUUGUUUACCUCAUCGUGCCGGUUGGUUAUUUAUGCGCCGUUUUUUUUUGCCUCUAUUGAGGAAAGGCAGCAGAAAAAAAUACCAUCACCAUCGCAUCCUUGGCACGCUUCGUCCUUUGUGUUCCUUUUACCGAGUCAAAUUAAAUGAUUUGGAUUGGAUAGUGCCAUCCACUAGAUCCGCAAAUUUUUUCCGUAAAACAAAUUCUCCCAACACAUGAUAUUUCACAAUUUUCUCUAAAUUUUACCAAUUUUAAUGGCUAUGUAAAUAUUUUUUUUGUAUCAAUAUUGUACUUAAUCUUAUCUACUAGCAGUAUUGUGAAUAAUCAUUAAUCAUUAACUGAUUUUUUGCACAAUUGUUCUCCCCUAUUCUAUACUGAUAUCAUGAUGGAAAACAAUUGUGCAAUAAUCUCAUUUAUUUUCAUUCCUGAAAAUUGUUAGUAAUUAAGUCCUCGAGUUUGUACUUUUAUUUUUGUAUAUUAUGAUGAAGAAAAUCAAGUCUUAUAUUUUUAAGAUAAAACUAAUGUGAAAUAUAUGAAUAAAUCCUAACUGUGACCAAAUUAUCGGUUCAUCUCAUAUCAAGGUUACGAAAGGAUUACUGUAACCUUGUGUGAGUGAGAACAUGGCCUUUGUAAUAUAUUGUUUAUCGAAUGUGCAAGAAUAAUUUUAAUUAAAGACCUCAUGUUUACAUAAAA